UGUCACUCAAAGUCCCUCUUUUUCCGUUCCCUAUCAAUCAAACAAUCUGGGCCGCACGCAAAAAUGUCCCGGGGCGAGGAGCGCGGACUUAGUCAGGGCAGCAGAGGAUGUUUUUUAGAGGAAACAGAAGCGGCAGAGCGCUGUGAAGGAUAAAAAAAACUGUAUACAUGGGAGGGGGGGUUAAAAAAUAUGUCGGCGUUUUGGGGGCUGAGGAGGAUUGUGGAAAAGCAAAGGGCGAGCGCUAGAAACGAGGCCCAACACUUUACCACGUAGGGGAGGGGAAGUAGAGGGCAGCUGUCCCCGCUUGAUUGAUUGACUGAAAAGGGGAGGAAUUUAGGAUCAACCGGGCUAGCAAUCCAAUACUUAAUAAUUUCUUUACUGCCCAAUUAUUUCAUAUAGCUGACAAGAAAUAUAAUUUAAUUUUAAAUGCAUACUGUUAAGCGACCGACGCGGUCUUAUUAUUUGGUAAAAUGGCUUACUUCGUAUCAAUCCGCAGGAGGGUCUUUUUCUGUACCUGGCUAGAUUGGUUAGCUAGCUUGUUUUUUGGCCGCGAUUACCUUCGCUAAAUAUGGCGCUUUGCGUUUUGGUUGCACUACCAACACGAAUACACUUUGAAGUUAAUACUUAGCUACGUCGAAGACGUUAGCUCGGCCAUAUGGUUGCUUAUUUGACUGAAGCCUAGGUUGGCUUCGUGAACUAGCGCAAAUGUGUCGUUUACGUUACUGGAUAAUUGUUAGCUGUACGAAAACGACCGUUUUUCCAGUCGGGCUGCUUUGUUUACGAGUAACGUUAGUCGGGUUAUAGGAGAGUAGGCUAAUAUUAGCCCAAAGGAUUUAUUUCACUUUAAUGUCCCCUUGCCGCCACGGUUGCCACAGCUAACACGAGCUAAAGGCUAAAUCGUGGUGGGUGUGUUAACAUCAAUUGCAAGACACGCUAAGAUAUAACAUCAGCAUUAUUAUUUGUACAACACCCCUUAGGUUCAUGAUACCAGCCUCUUCUUGGCUUUUAGAGGUGAGCUGGAUAAGCUAUAUGCAAAGAAGAGUAACGUUGGACCCCGUAGUGUGCUUUCGCUACUAGCACGUAUGAAGACAACAUUCAUAUUCAACAUAUCAUUAGCCCCUCUGCAUUUCUGUUCUAAUAUUGACAUUUUGUAUAUAUUUUGCAUCUUGGUGUUACAAAGGGGAACAGUAUUAUGUCCAUACUUCUGUAUUUUACCGUAACAAUGCCAACCUAAUUAACAAAGCCAGUAACACUGAUAAUAGUUUAAUAAUGAAAUCAGAACAGUUCUGUCAUUUGAAGCUUAUGUGCAAACACCUGAGGCAGUCUAACUGAAACUGUGUGUACUGUGUAGGUUGGCCACCAGUCCCUGCACUCUAUAAUGCCCCAGUGUUUGCAGCAUCUGCAGUGAACGUGAUGGCAGCCCACUCAGUCUCCAUAGAUAAGUACCCAAAGGGAGAGCAGCAGAUGCAAGGCAUCAUAAAGGUAGACAGUGAUUCGGAGCAGAAGUUUAUGGAGGGUACGUUGGGAGAGGUGCCCAGCCCGGCACCAACAGAGCCACAGACACCCAUGGACGCUGACAAGGCAUCCAUAUAUCGGCAUCCUCUGUUCCCUCUGUUGGCCCUGCUGUUUGAGAAGUGUGAGCAGUCCACGCUGAGCUCUGAUUGCAUCACCUCAGCGAGCUUUGAUGUGGACAUUGAGAAUUUUGUCCGUAAUCAAGAGAAGGAGGGGAAGCCUUUCUUCAGUGAAGACCCUGAACUUGACAACUUGAUGGUGAAAGCCAUCCAGGUGCUGCGGAUCCACCUGCUGGAGCUGGAGAAGGUGAGCGACCUGUGCAAGGACUUUUGCAGUCGCUACAUCGCCUGCCUCAAGACUAAGAUGAACAGUGAGACUCUGCUGAGUGGUGACCCGGGAAGCCCAUACUCGCCUGUACAAGGCCAGGCCCAGAGCUUCUCACCCACCAAGUCUCAGACCCCCAGCUCCAUAUCAGGGACCAUUAGUCCCCAGGGUCAAAUUGUAGUUCCAGCAUCGGCCCUGCAGCAAGGAAACGUUACCGUGACAACUGUCAACCCCACCCAGGUGGUCGCAGGUAUGUCAUCUUGGCGUACGACCCCUUCCUCAGGCGGGACUGUGUACCAGCCAGUCACAGUCGUAACUCCUCAGGGCCAGGUGGUAACACAGGCUCUUUCUCCCGGGACAAUACGCGUCCAGAACAAUCAGCUUCAGCUGCAGUUUCACCAGGACUUGAACCUCUUUAGUCAUGAGGACAACUCAACCAAGAACAAGCGCGGCGUUCUUCCAAAGCAUGCCACAAAUGUCAUGCGCUCAUGGCUCUUCCAGCACAUCGGGCAUCCGUAUCCCACAGAGGAUGAAAAGAAGCAGAUUGCUACUCAAACAAACCUGACACUUCUGCAGGUCAACAACUGGUUUAUAAAUGCACGGAGACGGAUCCUGCAGCCCAUGUUGGAUGCCAGCUCUUCAGAGACACCCAAAGCCAAGAAAAAGACACCUCAAAACCGGCCACUGCAGCGCUUCUGGCCUGAUUCCAUCGCAGCAGGAGGAGGGGCCAUGCCUGAUGGUACAAUGGUGACGAUGAACGUGGAGGGUCUGCAGAGCCUGACAUCAGACGGUGCCACGCUGGCAGUACAGCAGGUGAUGCUGGGAGGCCACAGUGAAGAUGAGUCGGGGGACAGCGGAGAUGAGGACAAUGACGCGGACAUGGCAGGGCUGGGCCUGGACAAUAGCAACUCAUUGCAGUAGAGGACAAGCACCGCCCACAUGCAGAGGACACACAAAAUGAGUUCGACAGAACAGAGGUGCGUCCGUUUGAUUUCCACAGAGCACAGGACACACUGGGAUGGACCCUGCACUCUUCCAAGCCUCCACCCUGCUGAACGGCGGUUGUUGCUGCACGUGUAUGUCAGGAGUGUCAUUUCACAAACAGUUUUUUAUUGUAUAAAUGAUGUAGGUGAGUGCACUUUUUGUAUAUUUAAGCUCAAAAAGAUGAAAUCAAACUGAAAAAAAAACAAGUGUUAAAAACACCUGAGACAAGUUUGUAUACUCCGUUAAUAAACGUUGACUUUUUUUGUCCCCGCCCCCGUCCCCCCCUGCUCCCAGCUAGAUUGUCAUUUUGGAUGAGACCACUUCUGUCUUGUUCUUGUGUCUCUGGUUUGUCUUGACUUUUGCAUGCUUGUGUUUUAAGUAGACGUGUGUGCUCUUAUGACUGACUCCAUGGCUCACACUGCCCCCUGCAGGCAGAGUAGAGCACAGGUGGAGAGAUUAAAAGUAAAUUAGAGGAGAGAUGCUUAUUUUUCUAUACAAACAUAUGAAAUGAGUGUUUUUUUUUGUUUGUUUGUUUUUUGGUUUCAUUUUUGUGUUCUCCUGUUUUGUAAGAAAUAUUUAUGUACAGAUUCAUAAUAAAUGCUGUGACCCUGUUUUCCAGGGUUCUUUUGAAGUUUUCUAAAAAACAGAAAAAGGAAUUGAAUGCUGAUGAAAAUUACUAUUUAAAUUGGUUUUAAGCUUAAAAUAUUAACAAGGCCUUAUCUGUGUUCUUUUCUAAAAUAAAUCUUACCAAGAAGCACAAAAAGGAAGUAUGACCCUUGGAGAAAUUGGCCAAAAAGACACUAAACAAUGGAACACUUGUGGCUCCAUAAAGCAUAUUUUUACUUUGUGUACUGCAGUAUCACAGGAACCCUCUCCAGCAGCAAAGCGACUGCAGCGUUCCCGUCUUUGUUUGGCCCACAAUGUGUAUACCAUACAUUGUCUUUUAACCAUUUUACAGUAGUAGCAUAGGUGUCACUUUCUAAAAUGCACAAUCUAGAACACUAUGCUAACCACACAAUCAGGAGGGGUUACGGACUCCAUCAAUAAGAAGCAGUGGACUUUUUGCACGCAUUUAGCUUUUAUUUUAUGCACACGCUACAUACAUGCUGUUGCAUUGAAAACAGAGCAGCUGGAAACUUGGAGUCAUUGCCCUCCUGAAGGGCUGCAGCUGCGACCAUGAACCCCCGCCCCACUACACACACACACACACACACACACACACACACACACACACACACUGAAGGAUCUGAAAGCUCCAUCAGUUUGACAUUACUGCACAUAUUGGGGUGCCUCUUGUUUAAAUAACUGUAAUGCUGUACUGUAAAACAGUUGUUUGUAAGUAGUUGCAGUAACUUGGUUUUUAUCCUUCUUGUAAAGUUAACUUUGUUCAUUUGAUUCAGCCUGAGGGUUUAAUGGCUACGCGUUGCCCUCGCUGAACUCUGUCACCUCUGUCUAGCUUUUUAUGAAGCAUUCACUUUUCUCUUGUACUUCUCGCUCGUCUGUUUUGCCUUAGAGCUUUCUAUUUUGGAAUAAAUUAUGCCUAACUCUGCUGUCCACUGUCUCUUUACUCUUUUUCCGUCAUGUUCUCCACCAGACAGGACUGCUUCAAAGUCUCUGUGAUAAUGUGUACAGUUUGUCUCCACAGGUACUUGUUGCCAAAUGUGGAGACAUGUGGAUAGUCCGGUGAGAAGUCACUGUGGGGGAUUCAGUUUCCUGUUUUCAGAGCCUCUUCUUUCUGAAAUGUACAGAGACGCUUAUUAAUACAUAAAAUGCACUCGAUAUGUUUUAAAACAUGCAGUUUUAUCUUUACUCCAGGCUGCAGUGCUCAAUUUGAAAUCCUUGUGGCUUUGCACAAAUGUUAACCAUGUUCCUAAACACCAAGAAUCACAGACCUUAAUGGCUGUUGCUCUGAAGUCUGUACUCGUGAAGACAUUUGAGCAUCUGGUACUAUAUCAUCUCAGAUCUAUCACUGACCCUCAUGUGGACCUCCUUUUCACUUACAGAGCCAGCAGGUCAGUAGGUGAUGCUGUUAACAUGGGACUGCACUGGAACCUAUGCAAGUGACAUUUCUUAGUACUGCUUUGAAUACAAUCAUCCCGCCUCUGCUGCAGGACAAGCUCCCCAGCUGAUUCUUCCUGCUCCCACCUGCACUUCCUGUCUGACAGCAGGCAGCAUACGAGACUGGGCAGGCACGUCUCAGACUUCCAGUGCAUCAGGGCUGUGUACUUUCUCCUCUGCUAUUCUUCCUGUACACAGGGUUCGUACGGGUGCUUGAAAUCCUUGAAAAUGCUUGAAUUUUAAUGUUGUCUUUUCAAGGUGGAAGUGUAGCUGUAUUUCAUUCACCACAAAUAACUAUGUGAUUGAAUAGUUUUCUUAUCAGAUAGAGAAAUAAAAUGAGUCGCAAAAUGUAAAAGCAAAUUUUCCCCGCCUGGCUGCCUUGCGUCUGUUUCAACGUGUGACCCCGCCCCUCCCUCGGACAGUCGGGGAUGAGUGCGCUAACAUACCUGUAGGUCGCUGUUUUAAUGAGUUUUUGAUGGAAAACAACAAUGGUGGAGUUUGCGCUCUCCAGUCGCAUGAUAGGUGAGUCCUAGUAAAUAAUUUUCCAGUACGUGUACGUUACACAUGCUAUUUU